AUGUCCCAACCACCACCACCACGUCUAUACCCCUCCUCCCCGCGCGACGCUCUCGUUUCACAAUAUGUAGGCCAGUCACUCUCAUACCUCCCGACCCCGGCCGCCGUGCUCGACGUGGCCGCCGUCCGGCGCAACUGCGCCCGCAUGCUGUCGUGCGCCCGGGACCUGGGCCUGCAUUGGCGCGCCCACGUCAAGACGCACAAGACGGCCGAGGUCACGCGCCUGCAGGUCGGCAACGACAACGACGACGGUCCCGCUCGCAUCGUCGUCUCCACCCUGGAGGAGGCAGAGUUCCUGCUGCCGCUGCUGCGCGAGUACAGGGACCGCGGCAGGGCCGUCAACGUCCUGUACGGCCUGCCGCUGCCGCCGGGCCAGCUCGCGAGGCUGUCGGCCGUCGGGAGGGAGCUGGGCGACGGCAGCAUCAGCGUCUUGGUCGACCACCCGGCCCAGCUCGAGUGUUUGGAAAAGUUUGCGCGGGCCGCAGCGGGUGGUGCUGACGCCCCCGUCGUCCCGCACGCCUACAUCAAAAUCGACAUGGGUGGCAGGCGGGCGGGCGUGCAGCUCGAGAGCGCGGCGUUUGCGGGCGUUGUCGAGGCGGCGCUGCGGGCGCACGAUGCGGGAGCCGUUGUUUUGAGCGGGUUGUACUCGCACGCCGGGCACUCGUACGCAGGGGACAGCCGGGCCGCCGCGGUGGCCAUGAUGGCCGCUGAGAUCGGGGCGUUGGUGCAGGCUGCCGAUGCGGUCGUCCAGACGAGGGCGGUUGGAGCGGGUAAGGAACUGCCGCCGCUGGUGCUGUCUGCUGGUGCAUCGCCCACGGCGCUGGCGGUGCAGAACUUGCUGUCUGGCGAGAUGGAGCAGAUGAUGAGCGAGGUGGGGAUCGACGACAAGGGCGGCGCGGCCGUGUCGCAGGAGUUGAUGGCCGCGGUGCUGGAGCUAGGCGCGCUGCUGGAGGACGUACAGGACAAGGGACACGUCACCGAGAUCCACGCCGGCGUGUACCCUCUGCUGGACAUGCAGCAGCUGGCGGCGCGUUCGAUGGCAAAAUCGGCGCUGUCGUGGCGCGACGUAGCCCUGACCGUCCUGGCCGAGGUCUGCAGCGUCUACCCUGGCCGCGGCGACGAGGGCAGGUCCGAAGCGCUGUGCGGUGCGGGAGGCCUGGCGCUCGGGAGGGAGUUUUGCAAGGCCUACCCGGGCAUGGCGGUCGUGUCGCCGUGGGGCAGGACGGACGCCGCGGGGAAGCCCAUGGCGCUGCCCGAGUGCGACGUCGAGGACUACGGGGGCUGGAUGGUUGGGCGGUUCGCGCAGGAGCAUGGCAUUCUGACCUGGAGGGGGAAGAGUGGUGAUGGGGCGAACGUGGAUGAGUUUACGGUCGGGCAAAAGAUUCGACUGUGGCCCAACCAUGCGUGCAUCACGAGCAGUCAUUUUGGGUGGUAUUUUGUUGUGGAUUCGGACAGGGUAGGGAAGGAGGAUGAGGUGGUGGAUAUUUACAUCAAGACGAGGGGAUGGUAA